AUGGACGACUACCUGGAGAGCCCCAUGGAUGACGAUGUCUUUCCUUGCAAAGGCUGUGGAGAGAUCCUAGAAGAGGGCAAGGCCUUUGAGCUUGCUGGAAACCGAUGGCAUCUGAAUUGCUUCCGAUGCAACACCUGCGGCACCCUCCUCGACUCCGAUGCAAACCUCCUCCUCCUCGGCGAUGGCUCCCUCAUUUGCAACAACUGCACCUACAGCUGUAGCGCGUGUAGCAACAAGAUCGAGGACCUCGCGAUCCUUACUGGCGACCAGGCCUUCUGUGCGACCUGCUUCCGGUGUCGAAACUGUAAGAGGAAGAUCGAAAAUCUGCGAUAUGCAAGGACAUCACAGGGCAUCUUCUGCAUGAGCUGCCACGAGUCGCUCAUGGCAAGACGGAGAAAGAAGUCCAAAGCUGCCGCCCAUGCGAAGGCGCGAGACAAGGACUCCCCAAUGGUCGACAAGUCGCUGCCCGCCUUGCCGCCGAAUGCAAUACCGCCGAACGCGUUUUCCGACGACCGUGUUUCCCCAGAUUCGGACACUCCCACCGAGCUGUCGCCCCGGCCAACCAGGCCCCCGUAUCCCAGGAAGGACUCGUCCUCAAGAGGUAGCUCACGCCCCGCUCGCUCGCCAGAGCGGCAUCCUGAAUCCAACAAGGAGACCGGGCUCGGCCUGCCCGCCCACAACUACCGGAAAAAUAGGAACAGCUCCAUCAUCGGUGGACAGGCUAACAUCGAAGGUGCAGACGGUGACAGCUUUUUCAUCCCGGUGGCCCUGGAUCCCAGCCCCGCGCCCUCGGUGUCGUCCCCACGGUCCAACGGCGACGCCUUUGACCAGCGCAAGGCUAGCAACAACGAAAAGGAUUAUUUUACAAAACAGGCGGACAGGAAAAACGAGGUUCGCAGUUCCCAGGCCUCUACCCCUCAUAUUGCUUUCCAGGAAAAACCACGACGGACCUCGUCCGACUACGAAGCCUCGACUCCUAAGGAGCCCGCGCGGAAGCUGUCCAAGUCGUCUAGGUCUGACAGGAGCGUCAUGUCACAGGCAUCCCCCGUCGCCAGCGAGGAUAGGUCCCAGAAGAGUUCGAACGGGCACAAGGAUGAAUUCAAGCUCCAGGAUGCCCCCAAAAGUAAGAAAUUAAUCACCAACCGGCUCCCUCCACAAAUGACCAGCUCCUUGGAGAAUGGAAAUCCCAAGUCCGUGGAUCGCAACGUCAGGAGAGACACCCUGGGUUCCAAAUCCGAGUCGCCUCCGCGGUAUGGCUCGGCGGACAGGUCUGGAGCCUCCAGGGAAGCCCAGGACGCUCGUGCAAAAGAUGAUGACAAGCGUCCAUCCCUCGAAACAAACAAUUCCGCUAGGACCGGAGACACAUCAAAUUCCAGGACAGUUCCUCGAAAGGACCUCCCCAUUUCGGCUGCCAACCGCAGCGUAAACGGCAAAUCCACGAGGACCGAGGAUCUUACUCGGCCACAGGUCGAGCAGAAACUGAGCGACACAUACAUGUCCCCGCGAGCUCCUCCUCAGCCACCCGGAGCGACUGCUGCGAAGGAUGUGAACAAUGCAAAGAAUGGGCAGACAUCCCCCAAGGUGUCCCCCAAGCUACCGAGAUGGAGCUCUGGCGGCGAUUUCACCAUGGAUGAAGACAUGGCACGUAUCCUGGGCACAGACGAGGGAUCCUCCUCGUUACUACGCCGAGUCUCCAACGCCGUGAGGCACGGGCGUACCGGAAGUACAGAAUCUAACUCACCGCAGACCAGGACCGCACAUGGCAGAAGCAUGAGCGAAACGACCCGCGGGACCGCGUCGCCCAGCUGGGACAAGACCCCGAUCAUCGAGACCGACCAAGGUGGCGAGACGAACUCCAUCAGCAUUCCCCUGUCCCAGGACGACCCGGCGUUUUUGAAGCGACAACUGCGCACAUCGGAACAGCGAGUCGCGGAGCUGGAGAAGAAAUUCCAUUCCGAAAAGGACCUGUUGUCUAUCGACGAGAAGCUGACCGAGAAGAGAAAGACGGUCUCUGUCCUGGACACGCAGACCGAAAUCAUGCUUCGUGAGUUGGAGGUGCUGGCCGGCUACGUGGAGCGAGCUAAGGACACCCAACGGCCCAUCGAUUACCAUGCUCUUGAGCAGUCUGCCAUUAAGGACUUCGUCGAGAAGCUUGAAAAGGUCAAGCAGACUAUGUCCGCGACAAUCCAGCAGUUGCACACUGAACGGAACCAGUUAAUUGAAGACAAGGAGCGCGCGAUCGCCGACCGGGACCGAGCCCUCCUCGAGUUCGAGCAGCUGUCAUCUAAGAAUGCGCAGCUUGCCGAUAUGAACAACGAUCUCACGCACCAGAUCCAAGGCCGCUUCAAGUCUCAGGUCGGAUCUGAUGGCAAGCCUUCCAACGGGUUGGGCAUAUACACAAACCACAAGUCCAUGUCGAGCACAUCUGUCCACAACAUUGACGCAUCAAGCAUCCAGACCGGGCCGACCCUAGUCGCUACAGACGUUGAUGAGCCUAUCCUGGAGGGACCAACCGUGGUGCAGGUGAGAAAGGGGCAAGCCAAGAAGUUCAACUGGAAGAAGGGCGGGAAGUCCGUGGCACAGAACAUUACCAGAGUCGGCCGGGCCGUCGCUGCCUUCCAGACAAACGAGCGCGACCCCAGACUCCCUCAACAGGGUGGCUUGAACUCGGACAACAUUGGUCUACCAUACAACAUGACGAAUACACAAUUUGAGCAGCCGACGACCACGCUACCCAGCGUCAACGGGCAGCAGAACCGCGUUCCUCCUGCUGACGCUCGUGGCUUUGGUUUCUUUGGCAAGAAUAAGAACCCUAACCUACCAAAGUCCGUCUCCGCGGCGAACAUAAGUACCACAGCCGCCGCGGCGGAGGACCCAUCCGUUCUGUUUGGUUCCGAGCUUGUGGAGAGAGCCGACCACGAGCGUCGACAGAUUCCAAGUGUGGUGACCCGCUGUAUAGAGGAGGUUGAGCUCCGGGGCAUGGACGCCGAAGGCAUAUACCGGAAGUCAGGAGGCAACUCUCAGGUCAAGAUGAUCCAAGAGGGUUUCGACAAGGUGGACGACUUUGACAUCUCCGACCCAAGCAUCGACAUCGCGUCUGUCACCAGCGUGCUCAAGCAGUAUUUCCGGAAGCUGCCCACACCGCUGCUGACUUUCGAUGUCUAUGACCGGGUCCUGGAAUCAGCGGGCAUCGCCGACACCGCUGAGCGCUGUGCUCACCUUCAGAAGACGGUGAACCUUCUUCCGCCAAAGCACCGCGACACUCUGGAAUUCCUGAUGUUCCAUCUGGCCAGAGUCGCCAGCCGGGAGCGAGAGAACUUGAUGUCACCCAAGAACCUGGCCGUGGUGUUCGCACCUACAAUCAUGCGAGACCACAGUCUCGAGAAGGAGAUGACGGACAUGCACGCGAAGAACCUCGCUGUGCAAUUUAUGGUUGAGCACAGCCACGAAAUUUUUGCGACCGACUGA